AUGACGCAGACGCCACGCCGCCGCGACGCCCCGCGCGCGACCAGGAGGACCCUCCUACCGGACGUGCGGUCCACUGGCCGCACGGGCGGCGUCUACAUUCCGCCGUUUAAGCUCGCGCAGCUGCGCGCGCAGCAGGAGGAGGACCAGGGCCCGUCCUCCGAGGCGCUGCAGCGCCGCACAUGGGACGCGCUGCGCAAGAGCCUCAACGGCCUCAUCAACAAGGUGAACGUGGCCAACCUGAGCAACAUCUUGCCCGAGCUCUUCCAGGAGAACCUCGUGCGCGCGCGCGGGCUGCUGGCGCGCGCCAUCAUGAAGGCGCAGCUGGCGUCGCCGGGCUUCACGCACAUCUACGCGGCGCUCGUGGCCGUGAUCAACACCAAGAUGCCCGAGAACGGCGAGCUGCUGGUCAAGCGCGUGGUCUUCCGCUUCCGCCGCGCCUUCAAGAGAGGCGACAAGGUCGUGGCCAUCGCGCUCGUGCGCUUCAUCGCGCACCUCGUCAACCAGCAGGUGGUGCACGAGCUGCUGGCGCUCGAGGUGCUGACGCUGCUGCUGGCCAACCCGACGGACGACUCGGUUGAGGUGGCGGUCAACUUCACGAAGGAGUGCGGCCAGAUCCUGGCCGAGCUCUGUCCCGAGGGCCUACGCGCCAUCUUCGAGAGAUUCCGCGGCAUCCUGCACGAAGGCGAGAUCGACAAGCGUGUGCAGUACACCAUUGAGGGGCUGUUCGCCAUCCGCAAAGGCGGCUUCGCGGACUACCCGGCCGUGCAUGAGCAGCUGGACCUGGUGGAGUCGGGCGACCAGAUCACGCACGAGACGACGCUGGAGGACAAGAUCGACUGCGAGGACAAGCUGGACGUGUUCCGCUUCGACCCAGACUACGAGAAGAACGAGCAGAUGUGGAGCGCCAUCAAGAAGGAGAUCUUAGGUGAGUCCGACUCGGACUCGGAUUCGUCCAGUGGCAGCGAUGACGACGGAGACGACGACGAUGACGAAGAUGAAUCAGAGCAGCCCGUGCAGACAGACAACAACGUGGCCAUCCAGGACUACACAGAGCAGGACCUUGUGAAUCUGCGGCGUACGAUCUACCUGACGAUCAUGUCCAGUAUCACGCACGAGGAGUGCGCGCACAAGCUGAUGAAACUCAACAUCCGCCCCGGACAGGAGAAGGAGAUCUGCUCGAUGCUGAUUGAGUGUUGCAGUCAGGAGCGGACGUACUUGCGGUACUACGGACUGCUCAGCGAGCGGUUUUGUCUCAUCAAGCGCGAGUACCAGGACGCCUUCGACGAGUGCUUCGCUGAGCAGUACUCGCUGAUCCAUCGUCUUGAGACCAACAAGCUUCGCAACGUGGCAAAGCUAUUCGCACACUUGCUAUUCACGGACGCGCUGCCGUGGACCGUGUUCGAGUACAUCCGUUUGAACGAGGAGGAGACGACGUCGUCGAGCCGUAUCUUCAUCAAGAUCCUGUGCCAGGAGCUCUCGGAGCACCUCGGCAUGAAGACACUGAAGGAGCGGUUCCUGGACGAGAUCAUGCAGCCGACGUUCGGCGGCCUGUUCCCGAAGGACAACCCGCGGAACACUCGCUUCGCUAUCAACUUCUUCACAUCCAUCGGUCUCGGUGGUCUGACGACGGAUUUGCGCGAGCACCUGAAGAACGCACCCAAGAUGAUUAUGGAGCAGGCCAAGGCUGCGGCAGACAGUAGCGACUCCGAUUCCGACUCUGAUUCCGACUCGAGCGACAGCGACAGCAGCAGCAGUGAUAGCUCAUCAGACUCGGGCUCGGAUUCAGAUUCCAGCAGCAGCGACUCCGAUUCCGACUAA